AAAAGGUUGUCUCAUUAUAAAUGACCACUUGUCCUGUUAUUCCACAACAUCUAUCUACACUUGUGGCAAGUUCAUAACUUCAGUUGGGUUUUGGUGAUCCUUUGCAACGAUGGCAGACGAGGUUGUUCUAUUGGGUACAUGGGCUAGCAUGUUUGGGAUGAGGGUUAGGAUUGCAUUGGCUGAAAAGGGUGUUAAGUAUGAAUACAAGGAAGAGAAUCUCAGAAACAAGAGUCCUUUGCUUUUGCAAAUGAACCCAAUUCACAAGAAAAUUCCAGUUCUCAUCCAUAAUGGCAAACCCAUUUGUGAAUCUGCAAUUAUAGUGCAGUACAUUGAUGAGGUCUGGAAUGACAAAGCUCCCAUCUUGCCCUCUGACCCUUAUGAGAGAGCUCAAGCCAGAUUCUGGGUAGAUUACAUCGACAAAAAGGUGAAUGAUACUUGGAGGAAAAUGUGGCUUUCUACUGGAGAGGAGCAUGAGACAUGGAAGAAGGAGUUUAUCUCUGUCUUUAAGCAAUUAGAAGAGGCACUAGGUGACAAACCUUUCUAUGGGGGUGACACGUUUGGGUUUGUUGAUCUUGGUCUUAUCCCUUUUUAUACUUGGUUUUAUACUUUUGAGACAUAUGGUAACUUCAAAAUGGAAGCUGAGUGUCCUAAACUUGUCGCUUGGGCUAAGAGAUGCUUGCAGAGAGAGGCUGUGUCCAAAACUCUUCCUGAUGAAAAGAAGGUCUAUGAUCAUGUGGGAUUGAAAAAGGCAUUUGAAUCAUAAUAGAGGGAUUUCUUGCAUCAACCAAAUAAAAAAUUUGCAUUUUAAAUAAGGUAUUGUAAGGUUUUGUGCAUUUGUGUCAGUGGUUUGUUAGGCUUGGGUUAUUCGUGGUUUGCUAGACACUUUGGUGUGCCUUCUAUGUACAAGAUUAUGCUGAGGGAUGAACGCUUAUGAUGAAUAAAUUCUCAUUUUAUUAGGCAUCCAGCAGUUCUUUCUCUUACUAGUCAAAACUAUCGUUUCAGUUUUCUUUUAUCUCUGGAGCAUGUUGAAGUGACUCAAUCUCUAUGUUAGUUAAAUAAAUCUCUCAAUUUUGUGUUUCA